AUGAGACGUUCACCACUACUGUCAGGAGAGGUUGAGAGUCGAACAGAAGUGAUGAGAAGGAAGCUAAGAAACAGAAAGGGGGGGGCCACGCUGGGAUAGUCCCAGGCGCGUGACAAUGUACAUCCCUAAGUCAGCCGCGGGUGAAAUCGCCGGCGCGCCUAAGUCCCCACCGCAAGGGGGCGGGCUAGCGGGCGCGCGCAUGAAUCCGCCGGCGCUGGCGCGCUGAGGCAGUCGCGCGCGUCUAAGUCCCCACCGCCGGGGGCGGGCUAGCAAGUGCGCGCAACGACCGAGGCGCCCCUGUCGAGCUGAGAGUGGACUCUUCACAGUUGUGGCCCCUAGCCGCGCCCUCGGAACCGACCAACUCGAAUCGCGGAACCGAUUUGCGGGGCUCGAGGUCGAAGGAGGACAGGAGGAUGACGUCGAGGAGGAGGAUGCAGGAAAGGAGGGCGAGGAAAAGGAGCAGGUCGAAGAAGGAGACGAGGAUACGGGCGCCAAGGCGGACGACGAGGAUUCGGACUCGGAUGGGAACGCCGGAGCGGGCAUCGACAAGGCGGGAGGCGACGACAAGGACGAACAGGACGACAGCUCGGAGGGAAGCGAACAAAGGGAGGACGAAGGAAACGAUGGGGAUGACGUGAUGAAAGAUGGAGCAGAGGAGGAGGACGAAGGGACGGAGACGGAGGUGGAAGAAGAGGUCGAGCAGGAACAGGGGGUACAGGACGACAGCAUCAUGAUCAUCGACGACGACCAAACGACGAUCACCACGGUUUCCCGCGAGUCGACUCCUCGGAGUCCCUCGUGGCCUCCACUAUCUCCUGAGACGUUGGCAAAGUCGCUGCGCGAGGGUGCGGAGUGGGACCGAGCUAACGCCGAAGCUGCUGCACGUGUCCAAGCAGAAAAGGAGGCGAUCAUCAACGCCCAACUCGACGCGGAGGAACCGCUCGUUCGCCACCAAUUUGCAGAGUGGGGUCAGGAAGAUGGACAACUGCGAUUCAUCAACAUUCGUGGCACCGGCUCCGGGUCGAACAAGAAGAUGAAGAGGUCGCAAACGGUGGCCGAUCUCAGCGAUCCGAGCGACGACCCGGUCGAUAUCAAGCGCGUUCUGAACAGGGUCAAAGGUCGAGCAGGAAAGGAGGUAGCGGGUCAGGGGAAGAGGGUGACGAGGUCGAUGUCGGCGGCGGCGGCGAUGCAGGUCGAGGGGGCCAAGGCGAAAGCGGAGAAGGGUAAAGGGGUGGAGGAGGAGAAGCGCUGGUCCGACCACGAGCCCGAGGAUGACAUUCUCCCCAAAUUCCCACUCUUUGAGGACGACACUACCGCCAAGAGCACGUCUACAUCGUCUAUCCAAUAAUGAUCAAGCACACCAUCACCAGCUGGAACGUGAGGAGGUGCAUGGGGAUCCCGGAAAAGCGACGCAACAUUUACACCUAUUUAUCAACAUUCAAAGCAUCCGCCAUUCUACUACAAGAACACUUCAUCAAACCGGAACUCUGGCAAUGUAUCAAGGACGAGUACGAGGGCAAGGUCUUCAUCAGCAAACACUGUCUGACUCUGAUCCCCGCCGACUCGCCCCUGAUCGACGCCGAGAUUUUGCGCACCCACUCGGCACUCGACGGACGAAUCCUGGUCACCUCCUUUCGACUUCGAGGCGACAUCCGGAUACUCGAGAUCAACAACAUUUACGCACCAGUCGAUACAAAACAACGACUCACAUUCUUUGACAAACUACAUUUCCACAGGACGCAGAGCACCCACCUUCGACUCCUCGGCGGCGAUCUCAACGACUGCCCGCUGUGA